CCUAAUGAGGCUAUGGUAGUAUCGGGUUUCUGUUGCUCUUCCCCGGUGAUGAUAGCUGGAGGCCAGGUCUUUGUGUUGCCCUGUAUCCAGCAGAUUGAGAGGAUCUCUCUCUCUACCCUCACCCUCAACGUGAAGAGCGAGAAGAUCUAUACACGACAUGGGGUCCCCAUUUCAGUCACAGGGAUCGCACAGGUGAAGAAUCAGGGCCAGAAUAAGGAGAUGUUGGCGGCCGCCUGUCAAAUGUUUCUGGGGAAGACAGAGAGGGAAAUUGCACAAAUCACCCUGGAGACACUGGAGGGUCAUCAGAGAGCCAUCAUGGCUCACAUGACCGUGGAAGAAAUCUAUGAGGACAGGAAGAAGUUCUCGGAGCAGGUGUUUAAAGUGGCCUCAUCGGAUCUGGUGAACAUGGGAUUUGGGGUCGUCAGCUACACUCUGAAGGAAAUUCACGAUGACCAGGGAUACCGCCACUCUCUGGGAAAAGCUCGCACAGCCCAGGUCCAGGAAGACGCUCGGAUUGGAGAGGCCGAGGCCAAGUGAGACACUGGCAUCAAGGAAGCCAAGGCCACUCAGCAGAAGGCAUCAGUGCAGUAUGUGAACAAGAUCAAGGUGGCCAAGGCUCAGAGGGAUUAUGAGCUGAAGAAAGCCGUGUACGACAUGGAGGUCAACACCACGAAAGCUGAGGCCAACCUGACUAAGCAGCGUAUUGAGGAGGAGAAGAUGCAGGUGCAGGUGGUGGAGAGGACUCAGAAGAUCCAGCCAGAGCAGAAGAUCAUUCGCAGGGAGAAGGAGCUCGAGGCUUGGGUCAAAAAACCAGCUGAAGCCGAACGCUACCUUCUAGAGAAGCUCGCUGAGGCUGAGAGGCUGAAGUUGAUCAUGGAGGCUGAGGCUGAGGCAGAGACUAUUAAGGUGAAGGGUGAAGAUGAAGCCUUUGCCAUCAAGGCCAAGGCCCUGGGGGAGGCCGAGUAGAUGACCAAGAAAACCGAAGCCUUCUGGGAGUACAAGGAUGCUGCACUGGUGGACAUGCUGCUCGAGAAGCUGCCGUUGGUGGUGGUGGAGAUCAGUAAGCCCUUCACCCAGGUGAAGAAGGUGACCACGAUCAGCAGUGGGGGGGAGGUGGGUGCGGCCAAAUUGAUCAGCGAGGUCCUGGAGAUCAUGAACCGGCUGCCGGACACCGUGGAGAAGCUGACCGGGUGGAAUCUCUCUCAGUGUCCUGACCGAAAAUCCUCCAGAUAA